GAAACCGAGUACCCCCGUCUAACGCGCAUUGCUACUCUCAUUUUCACUGUUCCGAUCUCUUUUGCUGCCGCUGAGAGAGUGUCGAGCUUCUUUUCGUUUGUAUGGUUGAAGCGCCGCAACCGUUUAGCCACAGACAAGGUCGAGAAGCUUGUCUUCUUUACACUAACUUUU